AUGUUCCAGAACUCUACAGAUUCAAAUUUGACGACAGUCCUGAUGACAACUUCUUCAGAAACUACAGCUGGAGUUGGCGUAACUUUGAGUAAUCCCAGCACACCCUCCACAGCUCCCCCUUCCAAUCCCACGACCGCUUCAAGCUCCACAAGAACCCCAGUUGCAGGCUGUGGACCAGAUCUGGACCCGGUGUACAUGUACCUGUGUGGAAAACAGGCUGCCUGGGGAAUUGUGGUUGAAUCUCUGGCUACAUUGGGGUUUGUGGUGACCGCCGGACUGUUUUUGGGUCUCCUGUUCUGGUCUCUGUGGUUGUGCGCGCCGUGUCGGCGUCGGGCGAGAAGGAGGAUCGGAGGCACGGUGGCGGCUUUGCUUCUCUUCCUCUUUGCCACGGCGGGCAUCUUCGGCCUCACUUUCGCUUUCAUCAUCCAGCUGACGGCCCAGACGUGCCCAACACGAGUCUUUCUGUUUGGGGUCCUCUUCAGCCUGGCGUUCUCUACCCUGUUAGCGCGUAGCUUGGCGCUAAUAGGUUUUGGCAUGGCGCGAGGUUGGGGUGAACCAGGCCUAGCGCUGGCUCUCUGGCUGGUCCAGGUGAUCAUCGCUACGGAGUGGUUGAUCGUGGUGCUGGUGCGGGACGGACGCGAGUGCCAGUAUUCCCAAGGAGAAUUUGCUAUGUUGCUAAUCUACGUGCUCUGUCUGCUAGCUGUCGCGUUAUUGCUGGCGCUACAUUUCCUCUGCCAAACCUGCGUCACGUACAGUUACAGCUACAACGGAAGCACCCAUCGACAGACAAAGGCCCAAGCCGCCAUGCUCUUCGUCACUUUGAUUCUGUCCGCCUGUAUUUGGGUGGUGUGGAUCUCCUUGCUAACCCGCGGAAACAGCGAAAUGGGACGACGGCCGCUUUGGGACGACCCUGUUCUGAGCAUAGCACUGGUCGCUAACGGCUGGGUGUUGUUGCUAGGAUACGGACUGAUGCAGGUGGUGUUCUUGUGUCGGAGUGAGGCGCGGGCAAAGGACAGGCCGCUGGAUUUCACUGGCUGGACUAGCCCCAGUGGGGACAUACCACAAUUACAGAGCCCCAAAGGAGGGAGAGAGAACGGAACCUUUGAGUAUGAUGAGGACAAGAGAGGAAAACGAGAACAACCUGCAUUGAGAUCGCCGUAUGAGUCUGGCUUCUCCAUGACUGAAAUUGACCCAGACAAAGACUUCUCCAUCCCCCGUCCCCAGACGACCAAUAUAACUGAACCCUAUGAUGACUACUAA